AAUCAAUUAUUACUAUUACAGUAAUCCAUAUUCUUUUUCAUUUGUAUUUAAAUGUCAUUUUCGUCGUCGCUGAAAUCUCUCUCUCUCUCUCUCUCUCUCUCUCUCUAUCUAUCUCCGGCGGAAGGAAGAAAUAACCAGGAGGAUCUCAAGAUCUGUUAGGGUCUCAUCGAGUAGGUGAUGGCGUCGAAGCGGAUCUUGAAGGAGCUCAAGGAUCUCCAGAAGGAUCCUCCUACUUCCUGCAGCGCCGGCCCUGUUGCUGAAGACAUGUUUCACUGGCAAGCAACUAUUAUGGGUCCACCGGAUAGUCCUUAUGCCGGUGGUGUUUUUCUUGUCACGAUUCAUUUCCCCCCCGACUAUCCAUUUAAACCUCCAAAGGUUGCAUUCAGGACAAAAGUUUUUCACCCUAACAUCAACAGCAAUGGCAGCAUCUGUCUUGAUAUUUUGAAGGAGCAGUGGAGCCCAGCCCUUACCAUUUCGAAGGUUUUGCUCUCCAUCUGCUCACUGUUGACGGACCCAAAUCCCGAUGACCCUUUGGUGCCGGAAAUAGCGCACAUGUACAAGACGGACCGGAGCAAGUAUGAAGCAACCGCAAGGAGCUGGACCCAGAAGUAUGCAAUGGGCUAAGGGUGCUGCUACCUAUUUAUGUUUCGUGUGUCAUAAGAACAAAGGAGGGCAUGUCUUGCUGUGGUUUUGGUGGUGCUGCUAAUAUUGUAUUUAAUUAAAUGAUGAAGACAGGAAUGGUUCUCUAUCCUCUUUUUUACUUUGGUUUUGGACCAAAACCAACGUAGGAAGGAGUGUGGAACUGAAAAUGUGAACCCUCCUGGAGACGCAGCUGUUGUCUUUCUAAAAUUUGUUGUAUGGGAAGAUAAUCUCUGAAGCUUUGCUUUUAAAAGAUUCGUUCGCGGUGCUGUCCUCUUUCUUGCUC